GGCCUGGGCAACAUUUCCAUGCUGGCAGUGCCAGGAGACGCAGGCGAGUGCGCGGACACCCCGUCCUGCCCCAGCCCCACUGCCAGCCAUGGCUGGGCACACAGCACCACGCUGUGAGGACACGGAUUCCUGUCAGCAUCAGCUUAUUUAUAGUUUUUUAAAGAUGUUUUUGGUCUGGGACUUGUUCAAGGCCUGUUUUAGCUUCCCAGGGUUCCACUUAUCCCAAGCACAAUCGUGCCAGCCCAGCUGAUGCUUCCUGCCAGGCUGGUCACCUGCUGUGUUGGGCUGCAGCUUCCACACCUUUUUGCUCAUCUAGGAAAUAAAGUUCUGGAUAAAAUGACAUACAACGCACUGUAAAUCCCUAGAUGUGGAGUUUUAUGUUGGUGUGUGUGAGGGUAGGAUCCUGGGGAUGCACUGAGCAGGUCAGAGGAAAUAGGAGACAGCAGAAAAUUGGGAAAAACACCUCUUUUAGCUUAAAUUCUCCAUGGAUUGAUGGGUCCUGCCGUCUGAUGAGUGGCUUGAUGUUGAUUUAGGUUUUUAGGUCCUGCUUGGAUCAUCACUCAUGGGGCUCUGGGUGGUGUGGCUGUGUCAGACCUUUCAUUUGAGUUUCCAGGUGCCUCAGUUUCCCCAGCAGAUGAAUAAAUGGCCCCUUCCCUCACUGCUGGUGUGGCAGACUGGGAGUGUCACCUUCUGCAGGUGUUGCAGGGCUGGGGUGACCUAGGACAGGUCCCUUAGGCUGCGAUGGCUCCGUGCUGGGUGCGGCACAGCAGGGUCCCAGCUGUCCUGCGCAGCUCAGGGGUUCAGAGGGAUGAGUCUGGGGGCUUUGGGAGCGUGGCUGGAAGGGGUGCCUCAGCCCUUCACUCCUCACUGGGAAGAGAGAAGUGACUUGAGGAGAGAGGGGAGCUGGGUAGAGCGAAGCUGCUCGUCCCUGCCUAGUGUGACCUGUGGGCUUGGUGUCCUUGUGCUCCUGGCAUCCCAAUGCUCCCAGUGUCCCUUUGGUGCCUGUGCUCCAGCAUCCCGGGCACAGGGACCCCCAAUGAUGCCUGCUCACCUUUUUCUCCUCCCAUUGUGCAGGAAUUGUGGCUGUGCCGGAGACGAUGACUGCAGGGAGCGCCGAAUCCAACGGGCCCAUGCGGGAAGCGGAGCCCAGAGGGCCCAAGGUGCCGGUGCCCCCCGUGCCCCCGCGGCGCCGGGGCCGCCUGCGGCGCCAGCCCCCGACAGAACCCCCGCUGAAGGGGCAGCUCCGCAUGCGCUCACCCGCGGGUGCCUUCGUCAUGGUGGGCAUCUCUGUGGUCCUGGUGGGCAUGACCAUUGCCGUGGUGGGCUACUGGCCUCACCGGGGACACGGGGGCACCGAGGCCAGCGUGGGGAACACCAGUGUGGUGGGGGACAUGAGGAGGGAGGUGGUGGCUGGGCGCCACGUGCCCCACAGUGAGAAGCUGAAGCUGAUCGGCCCUGUCAUCAUGGGAAUCGGGCUCUUCAUCUUCAUCUGCGCCAACACGAUGCUGUACGAGAACAGGGACAUGGAGACCCGGCAGCUGAUGCAGAAGGGGCUCUACAGCCUGGCAGUGGGGCUGCCUGGGGGGACCAGCCCCGAGGAUGGGCACUGCCUGCACAGGGACAGCCAGCCCUUCCCCAAGGCCAACACUGAGUGCGUGGAGGGCUGUUACCAGGUGGACCUGUCCUGUCAGCCCUGCCCCAGCCCUGGCAGCAAGUGGUCUGACUGCUACGGCCCCAACCGGCUCCAGGCCAUGGCCGAGUUCCUGCAGCACCCGGCAGCUUCACCCGCGGCCUCUCUCCGCAGCCUCCGCUCCACCGAGGCCAACCUGAGCCUCCCGCGCGGCGCCGGAGCCGAGUCCCUCCUGUCCUCGGCCGUGGGGGCCCUGACGCUGCCCAUCAUCAAACUCAACAACUGCCUCCUGGACGGGGCAGCGCGGGGGGCUGGCGGGAGGGUACAGAGGGGCCCUGCUGAGCGUCCUCCCAAAACAUCACAGCUCUCCAUCGGUGACAGCACCGCACCCUGCGGCCACGACGCUGAUGGUGGCGGUGGCCACGUUGUCAUCAGCAUGGGUGACAGCUGUCCUGGCAUGGAGCCGCUGGUGGAGCUGAGCCCCGAUGUGCACCUCCACACCCCGGGACACUCCAAAUCCCUGGACCUUGGCCGGCCGGGGGUGCUGCUGGUGGCCCCCAUCAAGGACCGCAAGAACCGGAGCUGGCCCCGGCUGGACCACGUCAGCCUCGUGGGCUACGCCAAACUGGAGAGCACUGGCGAGUCCUCGGACCAGCUGCUGGAGCCCAGCGAGUGCCCAGGCCAGGGCCAGCCCCUGCCCAGCUCCUGGGUGGUGGGCAUGGAGCAGGGCACACGGGUCUGAUGUCCCCAGCACCUUUGGGGACUGUAACAUCCCAGUCCCUCAUCCUGGCCCGCGGUACCCACCACAUGCAAGAGGGGUUUUGGGGGUGGCAUUUUUACGCCAAUGCCAAGAGGAAGGUCCUGACCCUCUGCUCCUGAGUGAGGACUCGCCUAGGUGGGAUGUCCUUCCGGAUGGAUGCCCUUGGCCUUACAAGACCUUUUCCUGGUGGCUUUUCUAGAGGAGUCCUCACUUUGAGAUCCCACACAAAUUGUGGGAUAGGGACAUGGGGGCGGGUGAAGCCCCACCAGCCCCCACAGCACUUUAUCUCAGUAGGUUUGGGGUGGGGAGAUGCUUUGGGGGGUGAUGUCCCCUUGUCCAGCCUCAAUCCACCAGAAAAUUUGCUUGGCCAGAGCACGUAGGCCCAACAGGGCUAUUAAAUAUUAUCUGGAUGCCA